AUGACGGAAGUCAUCCCUGUGACCGAGUUCCCGGACUAUGCCACCGACCCAACGGGAGGCAACCCAAUCACCCAUGACCUCAAUGCGCCUUAUGACAAGGGUGACCUCUGCUGGGUGCUGGUAUGCACAAUCCUGUGCUGGCAGAUUACGCCGGCCAUCGGCUUUCUCUACGCCGGAAUGCAUCGUAGGAAAUCCGCCAUGACGAUGGUUCUCCAAUCACUCUUCUGUGCAUGCGCCUGUGGCCUACAAUACUGGAUCUACGGUGCAUCACUGUACCAGUCACGCACGACGAACCCUAUCCUCGGCGACCUGUCCCACGCCGCAUUCCACAACCUCCUGGCUUCUCCUUCGUUUGCCAACAGUGAUAUCCCAGACAUCUUGUAUGCUGCCUUUGGCUUCACCUUUGUUACAGCUACGGCAAUGAUCCUGGCCGGUGCCAUGCUCGAGCGCGGCCGUCUCUGGCCCAGCAUGCUUUUCCUCCUCUGCUGGAACACGUUCGUCUACUACAUCGGUUGGCUGUACAACCUCGGCCUCUACGACUUUGCGGGCUCCGGUCCGGUCCAUAUCGCCAGUGGUUUUGGAGCCCUUGCCUGGUCCAUGAUGUUGGGUCCCCGCAUCGACGACAGCAGCACGUCCACGAAGAAGAGGCACGUCCCACAGUUUAGGGGCCACAACCCUUUGCUGAUGACUCUGGGUACCGUUCUCAUCUGGUUUGGAUGGUUUGCCUUCAACGGAGCUAGCACGGCUAACCUUAGCUUGCGGUCCAUCUAUGUCGUUGUGAACACCAACUUUGCUGCUUGUGGUGGUGGAGUUACGUGGGCCUUGUUGGACUACAUGUACAUGAAGAAGUUCAGCUUGGUUGGCUUCUGCUCGGGUAUUAUCUCCGGUCUUGUCGGUAUCACCCCUGCAGCUGGCUUCGUUCUUGUCUACGUCUCACCUCUUGUCGGAAUUAUCACAGCCAUCUGCUGUUUCUACACCGUUCGAUACCAGUAUAUCCUCCGCGUCGACGACGGUCUCGAUAUCUUUGCCAUUCACGGUGUCGGUGGAUACGUUGGUGAUAUUCUGACUGGUCUUUUUGCCCACAAGAUGGUACCUGCUCUCGACGGAGUUAGCGGCGACUCGUAUGAGGGCGGCUGGUGGAAUGGGAACUUCAGACAGCUUGGUCUACAGUUGGCAGGCGCGACGACUUGCGCUGCCUGGUCGUUCUUUGUCUCCUGCAUCUUGUUGUUCCUCAUAAAUAAGAUUCCGGGCAUGCAUCUGCGCGCUACUGAGGAAGACGAGUUGCGAGGUCUUGAUUAUGCGUACAUUGAGGAUAUUGUCUCGGACUACGAUGAUGGCAAUAUGCUGAUCCACAAUGGCCAGGUGGUGGAGACGCCGACUCCGGCGAGCUUUUCGAAAAGCUCCUAG